AUGAAGCAUUGGGAGUCGGAGCCUGGGGAGUCGAAAGAUGUCCUGCAGCAGCUUGAGGUUUGGGAACGAGCCGGUAUUCCGAGACCGCCAAAACGGCUUGUCAUAUCUAGACUUGGCCUGCCAGCAGACCUAAGUAGUGGACGAAUUCAGCUCCGCAACCAGUACGUCCGACUCCUGGAUGAGCUUCUUCCCUGGUGCAUCCUCCGACGGGACUACCUCUCAGCGGUGAACAUCUGCAACAUGCUGUGGAAGUGCACGGACAUAUAUCGGCUGGACAAGCCCGGAAAGAGGUUUUUGCGCGACUUGGAUGAGGCCACCAACUACCAGGCUAAUAAACGGACCAUUGUACGGAUGCUGGUGUGUACGGCAGAGUUGCUGCUGGCUUCGGGCAUGUCGUCAGCCCCCUUGGUUUAUCGCGCGCUGAAGCAGUUGGCACACUUCCAGCUGAGUGUACGGCACAAGGAGCGUGUCGCGGCCGUUGUUGCCGUACAGCUGCUAGAAGCGGACAAACUGAGCAGUACGGCGGCGGUGCUGUCCGCCAAGCUGUCUAAGCCGCUUUCGGCCUGGGUGGAUGCGCCCCGUACUGCAAUAUCGGGAUUGGUGGGCUACUUGAACUGGAUGCGGCCGUAUUGCGAGAAUCUGCUCGCCGAGGCGGAGGCGGAGGCGCAAGUUGCCGCGGCGGCGGUGGCGGCGGAGGAGGGAGAGGGGGAGGGGGCGGCAGGCCGCCGCGGUGGCGACAGCGGCUCGCGAGGUGUUUCGCUGGCGCCCGUACGGGCCUGGGAGCACUUGCCGCGGGCGUGGUCCAAAACGAUGCGUGGCAACCCCGCGGCCAUGGAGGGCUGGAAGCAGUGUGAGAGGUGCCUGCGGGUUGCGAUGGCUCAUCUCCCAAACAACACCACCAAACUGUCGUACUUUCUAGCCCAGAGCUACUGCGCCGCCGGCAGGAUCGGCCAAGGCAUGGCGGCGGGCGUCACCGCCGUCCGGUUUGCUCCAGGGGAUCCUGACGCAGUGGGCCUGACGGUGCUGAUGGUGGAACUGGCGGACAGCUACUGCGAGUACCUGGAGUGGAUGGAGUCGGUGGCGAUGGUGCAGCCCGGCACCGCGGUCAAGGUGUUGGGGGUACGACUGGGGGUAACCAGCCGCCACGGCGGCGGCGGUAAUGCAGGCGCGGCGGCGGCGGCGGCGGCGCAAGGGGAGGAGGGGGAGGAGGAGAUGGGCGUUGACGACGAGGCGGAUGGAGAGGAGAGGAGGGGAAGGAGGAGGGCAAAGAGGCGGGAAAAGGGAGGGAGGAAGGCGGGGGGGAAGGGGAGGAGGGAGAAGGGGGAGGAGAAGAAGAGGGAGAGUGGGAAGAAGCGGAAGGCACACCGGGAAGCAGAGGAGGUGGGGGUGGAGGAGACAGACGCGGACGGCGAAGCAGCAGCAAUGGGCGCCGCCGCGGCAGGUGAAGCCGCCGAAGACUCGGGUGAUGCGGGACCGGGACCGUCCACAUCACAACCGACUCGCAAGUCAACGCGGAGGCGGCAGCAGCAGCAGCAGCAGCAGCAGCAGGAGGAGGAGGAGGAGGAGGAGCAGCGGCAGGAAAAGAAACGGAAGCGGCGGCAGCAGGAGGAGGAAGAGGAGGAAGAGGAAGAGGCGAAAGAGGAGGACGAAGAACAGAAGCGGCAGGAGGCGAAGGAGCGGAGGCGGAGACGACAGCGGGCGGAGGAGGAGGCGAAGAGGAAGAAGGAACUUCAGAAAAAAAGGGACCUUUGGCGGGAGAACCGGAACAAGAGGGCCACAUCAGCGGCGCUGAACGCGGCUGACAGCCACAGCGUUCUAACGGACCUCCAUUCUCUCGUCCAGAUGCAGCUACAGGCCCUGAAAUCGGAUCCACUGUGUACGGCAGCUCUGGCGGGUCUCGCACGCAGCAGCGACCACUGCAGCUCCUGCUCCCUGGCACUGGUCCGAGGCUGCCUGCUGCACCUGGACCUCUGUACGACGGGUGUACUGAGCUCGCCGUACGAGGCGGAGGUGUGGGCGUUGCUUGACUCGACCUUGUCAAAGCUUGCGAAAGCGGCGGCGCCGACGCCGCCAGCAGCUCCCCAAGCCCAGCCCGGGGGAACGGGUGGGGGAAACACAGCUGCCGCGGGGCCGGCGAGUGGGCUGCAGACGGCCCUGCGGCGGCUGCGGCGGCAAGAGCACGCCACGAGGGGCGAGGCCCAGGGAGGAAAUGGCGGUGACGGCGGCGGUGAUGACGGCGGCGCGGCGGCCUUGGAGCUGUGGCGAGACAAGGUCGAACCAGAGCUGCGGGAACGUGCGCUCUGGUGGCUGGCGGGCGCGUUCUCGGAGCCGCCGAUGCUGUGGGGCGGCGGCGGCGGCGGCGGCAGCGGCGGCGGCGGCGGCGGGGAUGCAGCAGCUGCAGCGGUGCAGCGGUCGCCGGAUGGAGCGUUGCUGGGUCACCUGCAGCACCGCGCCCGAGUGGCGGUUUUGAUGCUCGGCCCGUGCAACUUCUACACACAACACGUGCUGUACGAGCUGUACUUGGCACGGCAGCGGCUAGCGGAGCAGCUCGCAGCUGCACAGUGGAGGCGGGGAAAGGAGCCGGGUCGGAAGCGGCGGCAGCCUGGAACGGACUCCUCGCCUAUUGCACCUUCUUCGUCCUCCUCCCCUUCUUCCUCCUCUUCCUCCGACGAUGAUGAUGAUGAUGAUGAUAAUGAUGACAGCGACAGCGGUAGCAUAGACGCUGACGAGGGCGCGCGGAGGCGGAUGGCGGCGAAUGCGAAGGAGGCGGUGGCGGUGCUGAGGAGGGCCCGGGCGGCUGUGGGCGCUUGCAUGAAUGCGGUCGCGGAGGGCGUCGAGCUUGGGAAGGCGCUGUUGCGGCGGCUGGCGCCGCCGCCGCAGCCGCCGCAGCCGCCGGCAGCGGUGCAGGCGGCGGCACCGCUGCCGGCGUCGCUGCUGGCCGCCUUGCCGCGCGCGCUUCGUCGGCGGACGGGCGGUGUGCCUGUAGCGGGUGGUGGGGGCCCCGCUCCCGCAUUGCAUCCAGAACGCGUUCCUGAGCCUCCGGUACAGCAGGGCUUCCCCUCGAGUCUCCGCUUCCACAUGCCUACGGUUCAGCUCUUCCAGCGCUGCUUUGACUCCUUCAGCUCAAAGGAAGGAGUCAAAGCUCCUUCAUGGCUGCUUAUGGCAAGACUUCACUCAACCGGGGCCCACCAUUUCCAGAAGGCUAGCCGUGGCCUAUGCUGGGCUCCACAUCCGCCAACCUGCCCUGUGUUUGAUAGAGACGCUGCUGACGAGUGA